AUGGCGGACAAAGCUCAGGAGCUCGAGACGCGGGAGGAUGCAAACGCGCUGGCUGACAGCGGGUCCCAGAAGGAGGAAAGUGUCCACACGCCUGCCGCAUUCCCUUCUGAAGAGAUCAUGACAACUUUGAGCGGUCGCGUGCGCAAGAGUGCGCAGGUGUUUACGUUUACGCGAGUCAAGAGCGACGACGCAGGCGAGUUCACACCUGCUGUGGGCAAAGGGGUGAAAGUGCGCGAUGUGGAAUACGUCAGAGAGAAUGUUGAGGCGCUAGGGAAGCAGCAGUGUGAGAUGAUCCGGCAGCUCUACAGCAUCAUGUUUGGACGUCGCUUCCAGCAGAAAAACAUGAAAGCGAUCAAAGAGCACAUCUUGGAUUUUUCGGGCAUUGUCGAGCAGGACGAGAAGUCUCGUGAGCAUUUGGUUGCUAAGAUGAGCAAGUGGAAGAUGCCGUUUGUUCACGACGUGAUGGAUCUUUUGGCGGUGCACCGUUCCAAGAAGUCUUUUGACGAGGAAGGGAAAGUGCCAAAUAAGGAAGCGCUGCUGGAACGACUAGUUGACUGGCUUUACAAUCCGCAGAAGACGAAGCUUGCUGAAAAGAAAAGUGCAACUUUAGCGAGGAAAGCGAAGCAGAAAACGAAGAAGCGGGCGAAAGCCGCCAAAAAGAGCGAGAGUGAGCCUGUGACGAAGAAGCGCAAGACUACGAAGAAGAAGUCAGUUGCUGUCACGAAAGACGACGAUGCAGAUAACCUCGAGGCUACAGAGUCUGAAGGAGAGGAGUCAUGCAGCGAUUUCGAAGAUGUCAAGAAGAAGAAGAAGAAGACCGCGAAAAAAGGGAAGGUCACUAGUCGGACGACAACAUCACGCAUCGCAGAAAGCGACAACGAGGACGAUGUGAGUGAGAAGGAAACGGGCGAAUCUGCCGAGAAGAGCAAGAAAAGAACGGGCAAAUCUGCCGAGAAGAGCAAGAAAGGAACGGGCAAAUCUGCCGAGAAGAGCAAGAAAGGAACGGGCAAAUCUGCCGAGAAGAGUGAGAAGGGAACGGACAAAUCUGCCGAGAAGAAUGAGACAGGAGCUGCCGAGAAGAGUGAGAAGGAAACGGGCGGAUCUACCGAGAAGAGGGAGAAAGGAACGGGCGGACCUACCGAGAAGAGUGAGAAGGGAGCGGGCGGAUCUACCGAGAAGAGUGGGAAGGGAACGGGCGGAUCUACCGAGAAGAGUGAGGAGGGAACGGACGGAUCGACCGUGAAGUGUGAGAAGCAGUCUACUGCCAAAGAAAAGCCUGUCGCCAAGUCAGCAAACGAGGCGAACAUUGCGGACAAAGCCGAUGUCGAGUCUGAGGUGGAGACUUUGGAUACCGAUACUCGCAGCAAAAUCCGAGAUAUCAUUUGCAAAGGCAACGCCGAGGAGUUGACGGUGAAGAAGAUUCUACGGCAGCUGAGCGCAGAUCUGGGACGUGACAUGUCUGCACAGAAGAACGCAAUCAAGGAGUUCAUCACGAACGAUCAAGCGGAGACUUAA